AUGGAAAGCGCCUGGCUCUGCCUGCUCUGCCUGGCUGGCUCCGGCCUCAUCCUGCCGGGCACCGCGGAGCCGGCGCUGGGGCUCCAGCCGGCCGAGAGCCUGCCCGGGCAGAGCCGGGAGGAGACAGAGCUGGUCGAGGCGCUGCAGGAGGUGCUGGAGAAGCUGGGAAGCAGGGAGCUGCCGGCGGUGGAGAAAAGGCUGAGCUGGGUGCCCUUGUGCGAGCCCGGGGAGCCGUGCGCAGUGCGGAAGGGGGCACGCAUCGGGAAGCUCUGCAGCUGCCCCCGCGGCACCGCCUGCAACUUGUUCAUCCUCAAGUGCUCCUAAGGGACAUCAGGGACGCUGCUGCCUGCCGGGAUGCUGCUGGCCCAGGCUGUGCCCGGUGCAGCUGGGGAGCCAUGGGUCCCCAGCCCCUUCCCCGCACCAGGACCUGC